AUAAUAUCAAACAGUAGAAUAAACGAGUAUUACAUAUUUGACAUGAAUAUUUAUACGUACAACAUAUAUGUGAAAAAAAUGUGGAGCCUUGAAUUUUGAUUAGUCGUUAAUCAUAAAUAGUAAAAGGUAAACAGCUUGCAAACAACAUGAGCCCACAACAUAGAACAUCAUCCAACGUUGAGUCUAACAGAAUGAAUAAAUCGGCUUUCUGGGUUUAUUUUCUAUCUCUUUAUAAGGUUUAAUUUUAAAGAUAUCAUGCGAAGUGUUAAAUUAGUCAACUUUAUGAUGCUAAUAGUCAAACAGUCCGCUCUUUUUAGAGGUGUGGUAACGUUACAUCUGAUAAACUGAACCUCUGACGUGAAUGUGCAUUAUUUAAAAACUUGAAGAGGAUUUUUACUUGUAUAACUCUUAAUAUAUUUAGUAUAUUAUCAAUGUAUAAUUUUUAAUUUAUUACAACGUUUAACAAAUUGAUUGUUAAUUGUUAUCAAGCAGUUGAGGUCUUCAAAGGACUCUGUAAUGUACUGAGCGUGAAGAGACUGUAAGUCAGCGGGACCCGAACAUGCCUUUCCUCCACGGCUUCAGGAGGAUUGUUUACGAGUAUCAGCCACUGGUGGACGCGGUGCUGUGUGUGCUGGGGACCGACGGAGAAAACCAGCAUAGGCAAGAUGAUGAGGAAAGCGUGUCUGAGGCUCUUUCUGAGCUGCUGGAUAGAGAGUCGCAGUCUCCCGUCUUCAAGGAGGGAAUCAGUUACUCUCUGUUUCGAGUGGCUGAGUUUGGUUUGGUGAGCGCCGCACGGGUGCUCCUACGAUACGGAGCUGAUCUCAACUUUGAGGACCCUGUAUCGUACUACAACCCUUUACAUGUUGCUGUACUGAGAAACAAACCGGACAUGGUGCGAAUGUUGAUCUCGAAUGGAGCUGAUAUUGACAAGAGGGACAGGAUUCAUGAAAGCAGCCCUAUUGACUUGGCCAGUGAGGAGGCUGAUAAGCUGCCAUGUCUCCGUGUGCUUCUGGAUUUUGGUGCUGAUGUGAAUGCAAAAGACAAGAAUGGAAAAACGGCACUGCUUCAUGCUCUGGCCAGCAGCGAUGGACUCACAGUCAAAAACAUGGACAACAUACAGCUGCUUCUAGAAAGAGGUGCAGAUGUGAACGCGACCACGCAAGAUGGCGAGACCCCCAUGUCUUCUCUGACCUUCCUGGUGAAGGAGGCUCUAGACAGCAGUGUGGAGGAUGCCAAAGAGAUCGGCCACUUCUGUACCCGCGUGGCACAUCUUCUGAUCAGCCAUGGUGCCAAUCCCAGCUGCUGCCUUAGUGCCACCGACGGGGAAGCAUGGGAACAUUCCCUCACCUACACCAGCCUGGAAAACUUCGACCUGCUGUUUCCCCUAACAGUUCUCCUUCUCCAACACAGCGCCUCCUUUGUCUGCUCCCACCACAGUGCCUCCUACUGGACGGGUCAACAGUUGAUAUUCACCCGACUCGCCGAAGCUCUCCGUGAAGCUGUAGAUGCUGCAGAAGUGGCGGAUGUUUUAGCGAAAGCCGAAGUGUUGUUGGAUUUGGCCAGGAUCUGCUCUCCGGUCAUCCCUCCUCUUUUUCCGCGCUCUCAACUGCCUGUGCUGGAGCAGGACUCGACCCUUCAGCCCCUGCAGGAGCUCUAUGGCAAGCUAGAGGAGCGAGAAAGCCAGCCGAUGCCGCUUAGAUGCAUUUGCAGAAGACGGAUCCGCAACUGUCUGCUGCCCUGGCCGUUUGAGGAAAAAGUCAAAGCUCUGCCACUGCCGGACAGAUUGAAAGAGCUGCUGCUUCUUGAAAACAGCUGGAAGAAUAGAGCCGGAUGGGACCGGUUUAAACCUCGACGCUCUACACACUGAGAUACAGACCUAUGCGUGUGUGUGUUUGUAAAUAUGGAGCCUUUAAUGAGCACUGAAUUCAUUAAAACUCAGAUUAAAGCGACUAUUAAAGCUUGUUUCAUCUAAUCAGUGAUCUAAGGGAGAAACUAAUAUUAAAGGGAGAGUUCACUUUGCUUAAAAAUGAAAAUUACGCAUCAAUCAGUCCAGUGUUUCCCAACCCUGUUUCUGAAGGCACACCAACUGAGCGCAUUUUUAACCUCCCCUAAUCAAAGAUGAGCUGAAUCAACUCAUCAGAGCAUAAGAAGAGACUCCAAAACCUGAAGUUAAUGGGCCAGAUAAAGGAGCUUUAAAAUGUGUACUGUUGGUGUUGGGCCUGUCACGAUAGGGAAUUUUUGUUGUGUGAUAUAUUAUCACAGAAAUUGUGGUGAUAAGCAAUAUUAUUAUCAUUUUGAGAUCAUUUUAUGCCACUGAUUAUUUAAUGAUUAUACAGUAUAACAAAUGACUAGAGGCCAUGGUCUUUAGCCUCCUUGUUAGAGCAACCGACUGUCACACAAAGAUUCGCCAGUUCGAUCCCAGCUCAGAGUUUAUUGGGUGCAGUAGAACUGGUUGGUUACAUGUGGGGCUUGUCCGGGAUAGGAGUGAGGUUUAGCGGGGUGUGUAACGGAGGCCAGCUAGCGAAGUGCUGUGCAGGUAAACCUCAUUCCUCUGACAUCUAAAGGUGCACUUGCGGUAGAUGCUAGAGGUCAUGGUUUUUAGCUUCCUUGUUAGAGCAACCGACUGUCACACAAAGAUUCCUCGGUUCGAUACCAGCUCAGAGUUUAUUGGGUGCAGUAGCACUGGUUGGUUACAUGUGGGGCUUGUCCGGGAUAGGAGUGAGGUUUAGCGGGGUGAGUGUAAUGGAGGCCAGCUAGCGAAGUGCUGUGCAGGUAAACCUCAUUCCUCUGACCUCUAAAGGUGCACUUGUGGCAGAUGCUAGAGGUCAUGGUUUUUAGCUUCCUUGUUAGAGCAACCGACUGCCACACAAAGAUUCCUCGGUUCGAUCCCAGCUCAGAGUUUAUUGGGUGCAGUAGGACUGGUUGGUUACAUGUGGGGCUCGUCUGGGAUGGGAGUGAGGUUUAGCAGGGUGAGUGUAACGGAGGCCAGCUAGCGAAGUGCUGUGCAGGUAAACCUCACUCCUCUGACCUCUAAAGGUGCACUUGCGACAGAUGCUAUAGGUCAUGGAUUUAGCCUCCUUGUUAGAGCAACCGACUGCCACACAAAGAAUCGCUGGUUCAAUCCCAACUCAGAGCGCAUUGGGUGCAGUAGGACCAGUGGGUUACAGGUGGGGGCUCUUCCGGGAUGGGAGUGAGGUUUAGCGGGGUGAGAGUAAUGGAGGCCAGCUACGAAGUGCUAUGCAGGUAAACUUCACUCCCCUUACCUCUAAAGGUGCACUGGCGACAGAUGCUAGAGGUCAUGGUUUUUAGCCUUCUUGUUGAAGCAACCGACUCCCACACAAAGAAUCGCCUGUUCGAUCCCAGCUCAGAGCAGGUUGGGUGUGGUAGGACUGGUGGGUUGCACGUGGGGGCUCGUCCGGGAUGAGAGUGAGAUUUAGGCAGGUGAGUGUAACUGAGGCCAGCUAGCUCAGACUUCAUUGGGUGCAGUAGGACUGGUGGGUUACAAGUGGGGGAUCGUCCGGGAUAGGAGUGAGGUUUAGCAGGGUGAGUGUAACGGCUAGCGAAGUGCUAUGCAGGUAAACCUCACUCCUCUGACCUCCAAAGGUGCUCUAAAGACAGAUGCUUUAUUUAGCUUUUGUUUUAUUCUUGAGCCCAACAGAAGAUAAUUAGUAGAAUAUCUGUGGACAAUGACAUCUGUAGUAGGAAAAAAAUACUGUGGAAAUCAAUGGUUACAGGUUUCCUACAUUCAUUCAAAUUAAUUUGUCAUUUAUUUACUUGUGAAGCACAAAUAAAUACAAUAGUUGACCACUGUGCUGUAUAAAAAGACACAAAGGAGUAGAAAAAUAUACACUCUACAACAAUGCAAGGUUCCACACAAUACCUUGUUGUCCCAGCACCAAUGGAUUAAGUGAACUUAAUCAUUUUUACAAGUUUAAGUGGAUUGAAAAUAAAGCAAUUAAGUUGUCCCAAAUAACUUAACACAAUUUGUGUUGGUUCAGCUCAUUUUAAUUAAGUAGUUUGAACAAACAGCCUAUGUCAUUUUUCUUUAGUGCUAAUAUAAAAUAAUGCUUUCAAAUUCUUCUUUUGUGUUCAACAGAAGAAACUCAAACAGGUUUGGAACCAGUUAAGUAAAUAUUGUCAGGUUUUUCGGGUGAACUGUCCAUUUAAAUAUGUAAAUAAGUGUCAUGAAAUGGUGUUUCUGUGCCAAAAUGCAGGGAAUCUCACUGUAUUAUUACACGUCAUCAGGUACAUUUCUGUUUGUAUUGUAGUUUAUCUUUCAGUACGAAAAGUGAUGAUUGUUUACAGAUGAAUCUUUAAUAUAACGUUCAGCAUCACUGCCGGAUGUGCUAUUCUUUUGAAACCGUUUUGCAUUAUUAGUUUGCUGUAUGAUGUACUUGAUGUGCCUUAACAAGAUCAACUGUGUAGUAGGGAAUAUUGAAGAAAUGUUUCACUUGGAUUGUACAGUGCCAAUAUGUAAUAAUAAUAAUGAUUCACCUUGUAUGCCUCAUGGUUGUGUCAUCCUGUUGAAGUCUCAAGCCACACAAUGUGAAUUAAAUCCCUUUGCAUUCA